ACCACUUCAUACUCCGUUCAUAAUAUCUAUUCCCGGCGAACAUUCCGGUGAUCAUACUCUCGCGUCACUAACACUUCUCGACUCCGAAAGGGAGAAGCUCUGGAUGUUCAACGCGAUGGCUUCACCAUGGGCGAUCCCCCCUCCCCCGGGAACCCAGGGGCAAUAUGGCUACCAGCAAAGUGUCCCGGCCUACCACCCAGUUCAAGUACGCCAAACCUUUAAUCAACAACCGCUUUCAUAUGCCCCGAUGACUACACAGCAAGCACCGCAAGCACCGCAACCAGCCGCAGAAGCCCCUUCACAAAGGAAGAAAAUAGAGUGGCCACAGCCUGUGCGGAAUUAUGUGCAACGAUCAUUUGACCCUAGCAACCUUAUUGCUGAUAUUCCAAGACCCGAAAUGGAGGCCAGGCUCAAGCAGACCAUUUCUGCUGCCACUGAUAGCAAUUCACUUCACACUAUCGACUGGGAUAACCUACCACUUCCCCAAGUAAUGAUCCAACAAGAGAGGGCUCAAAACGCGCUGUUAUGGCGACAGGAGUCAGUGGAUCUACACUUAGCUGGAAGUGGCUCUGUCAACUCCGCUAGGGAUAUGACGUCGAGGAAGAGGAAAUCCCAGGAUGUGGGCCGUGAUGAGGAUUCCAGUUCAACCCCACCUUGGCGUACCACUAACAACCGCAACGGAUUCGAAGAUCGUGUUACCUUUCAGGCUACCAACGAACGUCUCGACAGGCGACAGCAACCAUCAUCCCCAGACGAUAGUCCCCAAAGAAAUAUAAGUAAGUUCCAGAAGAACCUGGAGAAGCGACAGCGCCGAUUUGAUGGUGGCUAUAAAUCCUCAUAUCAAGCAUCUGCAUCACCAGAGCCUACGUCAGGCCCGGUUGUGGGGACGUGUCAAAAUCUCGAAAAGAAGUAUUUCCGCCUUACUUCAGCCCCUAUUCCGUCACAAGUUCGUCCGGAGCCCAUCUUGAGGCAGACCUUGGAGUUAUUGAAGAAGAAGUGGAAGAAGGAAGGGAACUACUCUUACAUAUGCGAUCAGUUCAAAUCCAUGCGACAGGAUCUCACAGUGCAACGAAUCAAGAACGAAUUCACUGUUACUGUUUAUGAAAUCCAUGCCCGGAUCGCCCUCGAGAAGGGAGAUCUUGGUGAGUAUAACCAAUGCCAAACCCAGCUUCGAGCUCUUUAUGCUCAGAAUCUUGGGGGAAACCCAGUGGAAUUCAAGGCGUAUCGUAUCCUGUAUUUCAUUCACACUUGUAACCGCACAGCGUUGAACGACGUUAUGGCGGAUCUAACCCCAGCAGAAAAGGAAGAGAAAGCCAUCAAGCAUGCUCUUGAUGUUCGUUCGUCUUUGGCUUUGGGCAACUACCACAGAUUUUUCAGACUUUACCUCGACACACCUAACAUGGGCGCCUAUCUUAUGGAUAUGUUCAUCGUUCGAGAACGUUUGGCUGCUCUAUCAAAUAUAUGCAAAGCAUAUAAGCCCGAUGUCAAAUUAAGGUUUAUCACCGAGGAACUAGGGUUCGAAUCAGAUGGCGAUGCAGCACAGUUUAUUUUUGAUCACAACGGUCAGGAUCUUCUCGUGGAGCAGAGCGACGAGCUUCGUCUUCUUACCGGCAAGGCGGGCUCAAUCUUCGAUUCCGCAAAGAAAGAUGCCUUCAGCACGGUCGAUAUCAAAGGACAAAUCUAACCAAUUUCGUUGCAAGUCGCAUUAGCCGUAGCUUGCGAUUUUUGUGUAGCUUCGUUUUCGGAUCUCCUUCCUCUAAUUUUCUUACCUUCCAGUGGUCACUGUGCGCUUCACCUCUGCCUGGUCACUUCUGGUAUCGCGGUUGCCUUCGAAUCAAUGAUUGUUCCA